AUGUCCAAGAUAGUGAGGUCUAUGAAGAAUGUUGUUGGCGGCUACUCAUCAGCACAAGUUUUGGUGAGAAACGCAACUUCGAACGACGCCACGGGGCCAACAACUUAUGAUAUGGAAGAAAUAGCAUCAUGCACAUAUCAGUCACAAACCGAAUUUAUGGAAGUUAUGGAUAUGCUAGAUCGCCGUCUUAACGAUAAAGGUAAAAAUUGGAGACAUAUUGCUAAAUCUUUGACAGUGUUGGAUUACUUGGUUAGGUUUGGUUCGGAAAAAUGUGUCUUGUGGGCUAAAGAUAACAUCUAUAUUGUCAAGACAUUAAGGGAAUUUAUUCAUCUUGAUGACCUGGACAAGGAUCAAGGGGCGAUAAUUAGAGUCAAGGCGAAGGAAUUGGUUUCAUUGUUGAGGGAUGAUGAGAGAUUAAAACAUGAGCGUGCAUUGGCCAAACGUGGAAGACGUACUGGUACGUUUGAUGAUGGUGACGACGAUGACAAUUUUGGCGAGGGCAGAAGAGACAGAGACAGAAGAAGGGAACAGAGAAGAGAUAGAGGCGGUGAUGAGCCAUAUGACGCGGAUUUGCAAAGGGCAUUGGAAUUGUCAAGAAUGACGGCUGAGGAGGAGCAACUUCGUGCUAGAGAAGCUGAGAAUGAUCCUGAAUUAGAAGCUGCAAUUAAGCUUUCGUUAGAGGAGGAGGAAUUGAGAAGGCAAAAUCAAAAUGCAAACUUGUUGGAUUUGAAUGAAGGGCAGCAGCAGCAGCAGCAACAACCACAACAACAGUAUUUCUUGACUGGCUACUACCAACAACCACAACAACAACAAUUCUUUCAACAACCAACCCAGCAGUAUCAACAAUAUGACAUGUUUGGAAAUCCUAUUCAAAAUUCGAUGGAGACGGGAUUGUAUCAAAACCAAUUUGACCAACAACAACAACAGCAACAACAACAGCAGCAACCUCAGUAUCAACCUAAUCAGUUUACCGGUUUCAAUUAUGGACAACCCCAACAGCAGGAACAGUUACAGCCUUUGAAAACAGGAUCCAAUAAUCCAUUCGCUCUCGUAUCCGACUCAGGAAACAAUCAAUCUAAAUCACAGUCUCAAACAUUGAAUGCAUUGGCUGAACAAAAGACACAAGAGCAAUACCAACAACAACAACAACAACAACAACAAGCUCAAUUCUAUACUCAACCUACAGCUUCAUUGAAACAACAAAACACUGCAUCAUCGAGAUUCAAUGAGACUCAUGAGUUGAAUGACCUUUUGACCCAGGGAACAGGCUUGGAUACUUUUGGAAACACUGGUGCUGCUCGUAUUCCACAUCAACACACAAGAACUCAAAACUUUAUCAACUCUAGUGGAACUGGUUAUAAGCAAGUUAGCAAUGAUCAACAUAGAGUUAGUUCAAAUGCUACAGGAAAUCCAUUCUUAAACACUGGCAUUGGCUACCAACAACAAAAUGCACCACCACCACCACAACAACAGCAGAUCAAUACGGCGUACACUGGGUACGGGUUUGGGAAUGCUCAACCACAGCCACAGCCACAACAAUACCAAAGACAAGCAAAUGGAGAGGGUCCUAGUUUGAUAGAUAUCUGA